AUGGAUUCUGAAGAUAUACUUGAAAAGUUAUUGGAAUCUUUUUAUGAUGAGAAAAUAGAGCCUAAAAAAGAAGCAGCAAAGAAAAUUCUGGGGUUAGCUGCUAGAUAGGAAAACUUAGAAUUAUUAAUAUCUCAUGGUAUUUAUUUAUGUAAUAAAUGCAGAACAAUUUUUAUCAACGAUAUCUCGAACUUUAAGAGAUGAACAUAAAAAAUCAACAGAGCUAACUCUCUACUUACUUUGUGUUUUUUACAUUAUUUCAAAUUAUUUAGAUUUUCAUUAAAUAUUAUCAGAACAUUAGAUUGGAGAUAUAACAAUGAAAAUAAUAGAGUCUCAAAUCUAGAGAUUUGAUUUAAGAUAUGCUGAAUUAAUGGAAAAAUAGGGUUAACCUUCAUAAUUAUAAGAGUUAAGAAAAUUAAAUCUUAUGAUAGCUAAAUAAGAGAAAUUGUUUUAUGUAGGAUUUACUAUUUUAAUGAAUAUGGCAGAAGACCCAAUAAUAGAAAAUAAAAUGAGAAAAAGAAAAAUUAUAACAUUUUUAUUGAGAAUGCUUGAGAGAAAUAAUUUUUAUUUAUUGAUAGUUACAUUAUUGUUUUUAAAAAAGUUGAGCAUAGUAAAUGAAUGUAAAAUGCAAAUGGUUGAAGAAAACUGUAUCAGGAAAUUAAAAAGAUUUUUUAGUGCUGAUAAUAAUGUAUUGUUACAAUUAAGUUUAGGUAUUUAAUUCUUUUGAGUAUAUUAGGAGUAUUAAAAAACUUAAGUUUUGACUCUGAAGCUCGUUUACAGAUUGAAUAAAAUGGAUUUAUACCUGAUAUUGUCAAAAUGCUAAAAAUACCAAAUUAUCGAUUUGUUUCAAUAAUUUUAUUAUAUUUACUAACUUUAGAUGAUAAAAUCAGAUUAACUUUUGGUUUUACGGAAUGCAUGACUUUAAUAAUAAAAUUAAUGUUACAUUUUCCUGAGCCAAUAAUUGGAAAAGAAUUAAUAGCAUUAGCAGUUAAUUUAUCAACAAGUUCAAGAAAUGUAGAUCACAUUACAGAACAAGAGUUUUAAUAAAUAGUAUAAAGAGCUAUAACAAAUUCAGAUACAUUAUUGUUUAGAUUUGUAAAAGGUGUGAUUGAAAAUUCUACGAAUCCAGAAAUUUAGACAUGUGCAAAAGGAUUUGUGAGACAUUUUAUGAAAUUAUUAGUAACAUAAGGAAAAGAAGAAGAUAUUAAAUUUGAAAUUAUAGGAAUAAUGAGUUCUUUAGAUUUAUAAGAAAAUUGGAUAAAAUUGUUGAAUGAGCCAUUUAUUGAAUUUCUUCACAAUAAUCUUGUUGUUGGAAUGGUUGAUGAUGAUAUAGUUUUAGAAACUAUGAUGUUAAUUUCCUCAAUAGCAUCAUAAUAAAAUGCAGCUGAAAAAUUAUUUAAAAGUAGAAUAUUAAAUACUGUGACUUAAGUUUAUACAGAAAAAGGAGAUGAUGAUGAAUUUAUUGUACAAUAUUUAUAUUGUUUACAUUAAUUUCUGUUUCAUAAAAUAGGAAUUUCAUUAAUUUUGGAAUAGUAAGAAUAUUCAUAUUUUGAGGGAUGAAAUCCUAUUUUAGAUAAUAUAAUAAUUAAAUGAUAAAAACAAAAAAAUAAAAUAGAUGUCGGAGGAAGUCUUAGACAUUUUAAGAGAAUAUGAUUAAGAACUGUGUGAAAAAAUCAAAGAAACAAAAUUUAGUGAAUAUAAUUAAUUAUGGAUUGAGCAUCUAAAUGAACAAGAGCUCAUGUAUAUACUUAUUCGAAAAAAAUAGGUUAUAAGAUGGAGCUGACAUGGCAUUUGAAGAUGAGUAUGAAGGUAAUGAAUUAGAUCCAAAAAUGUGGGAUUCAGACAAUGAUUGA